AUUAAAACACAUAUUUCAGGCUGUUAAGCAUGUUAUUUACAUAAUUGCCAUUUGAAGAGCAUUUGUUGAUAAUUCAAAGAUUCGGUGUGGCGCAAAUAACCCUGGCACCUCUGUAAACAGAAGAAUUUGAUUGAUCGUUGGAAGUUUUCGCGUAAUUAUAACUACUUUAAGUUUAGAAAUAAGUAGAAGGUACCUAAAUGGAUCUAUAAAAAACACAAAUAAUGGUAAUGAAAUUUAUCACACACUUUCUUGCUCAAAUCGGACCGCAGUCUGAGUAUACUUGGACUCGUCUAAUUUACAGUGCACUUAAGGCUCCUACAUAUCAUUUGUAUUUUGAAUUGCUACUAAUUAUUGGUAUCAUAUGGUUGUUGUUUAAACGCAGUUAUCGUAUUAAUGAUGUAAUCAAUCUAAGUGUGGAAGAGAAAAAUCAACUGAUCAAUGAAUGGAAACCCGAUAGUUUGGUUCCGAAAGAUUGGGAACCAUCAAAAUAUCUAUUAAAACAAUUCCACAGAUGUGCGAAUGGUCCUCUUGGCAAAUAUGUCAAUUUCAAUUUAGAAGUGGAAGAGUUUGGAGCUACUGAAAACAAUGUUAGUAAGAAUCAUCUUAAUUUCGCAACAUUAAAUUUCUUAAACUUUGUUGGGGAUUCGGAUUUGUCUAAUGUCGCUACUGAGCAGCUGAAAAAAUAUGGUGUUGGAUCAUGUGGACCAAGAGGAUUCUAUGGUACUUUUGAUGUUCAUCUUGAAUUGGAAAAUAAGUUGGCUGAAUUCCUCGGUGUUGAAAAAGCAGUAAUUUAUUCUUAUGGAGCAGCCACAUUUUCUAGUGCUAUCCCAUCCUAUUCCAAACGAACUGAUGUAAUAUUUGCGGAUGAAGGUAUCAACCAUGCUACGUAUCUAGGCUUAGUGGCAUCUAGAAGUCAUGUUCGAUUUUUCCAUCAUAAUGAUAUGGAACAUUUGGAACAAUUACUGAUAGCACAGGCAAAAAGAGAUAAAGAAGAUCCUAAGCGUGCAUUACUAACUCGCCGAUUUUUUGUUGUUGAAGGUAUUUAUUUCAAUUCUGGAGAAAUUUGUCCCUUAUCUGAGCUUAUUGCUUUAAAAUAUAAAUACAAAGUUCGCAUUUUGUUAGAUGAGACCAUUUCUUUUGGAGUAUUAGGUAAGACUGGUAGAGGUGUAACGGAAUAUUUUGGUGUUAAUAUAGAAGACAUUGACUUAAUCUCAGGUUCGUUGGAAACUGCUUUAGGGGUAUGUGGAGGAUUUUGCGCUGGAUCGCAGUAUGUUGUUGGUCAUCAAGAACUCUCUGGACAAGCAUAUUGUUUUUCAGCUUCUCUACCACCAAUGUUAGCUAAAGCUGCAUGUACAGCAAUUUCUAAACUGCAAUCGCCUAAGGAAAAUGGUAAACGUAAUCAACGGUUAUUGGAAUUAGCCAGAUUAACUGACAAUUUGUUUCAUUCGAACAACAAGUUAACCAGUAUUUGGAAACUAUAUGGUCAUCCGGAUAGUCCGUUAAAACACUUAAGAUUCAGAGAAAAUAAUACUUUAGGUAAACUUGAGGCUGUUGUCCAAACUGCUUUUGAUUGGACUGAUGAACGAAAUUUGAAAGCACCUCCUUUAUUGUUGACAGUAUCAAGGUUAGUAAUGCUUAGUUGCACACUAAUUCACAUCAUAUUUAUUCCUAAUGUUAUAUCUAAUAUCCAAAGAUUUUUUGUCCAAAGAUAUUGCGACAGUUUAUAGUAAGAGAACAAGAAUAGUACAUAACAUGAUGUGCAGUCCAGUUGAAAAUGCAACCAGAAGCCUCUCAGUCAAGAAUGCUUCUCCAACUAUUUUAGAGAAUGAUAAUACUAAAGCAAAAUCCCCACUGGUUGUUACUUUCGGCCUUCUCAAAUAACGUUUCAAACCAUUGAGUUGUAUGGUGUUUAAGACUCAAACUAGGGAGUUGUGAGAAACAAACAGAUGUCAGCACUAGGCAAAUUCCAUCCCGUAGCUUCAUGCCACACACUGACUACCUUCUCUCUUUUCACCCCGUCCCAGGUUCGGCAAAUAAUGCACAGUAUAGAAUGGCGUUCGUACACAUGCCUAAGCCACCGAAGCGAGUGUUUCAAAGUGGUGACACUAAUUGUUGUCACCGAGGUUAAACACACUUCUCAUAUCUCAGCAUUACUAACACGGUGUUGCCACUAGAAAUCAGCAAUCCUUAAGCGAGAGCAAUGAUCGGACAUAGAGAGUUGCGAAUAUUCUCAGCUCAGAAAUGCCAGGUUUCGCAAGUAUAAAGCGAACUACUCCCACCCGACGUGGUAUAGAUCCGAUCUUUUAAUGCCAGACUAGUAUCUUGAACGAGCCAAAGGUGUGUCAGAUUGUCGUAAACCACUCUGGCUUUGACUAAACGCAGAGUGACCUCAUCAUUUACGUCACCAUCAGCACUCACAUAAAUAUCUAGAUUCUCAACUCUUUCAACUGCCUCGUUUGUUGCUGUUUCCGAAUAUCGAUGAAAAAGUCGAAGAGGACGAGUGAAAUUGGGCAAAGUGCAACAACAUCGGUGACCACUGCAUUGAAAAUUGGUACUGGGAAGAAACAGGUUGUGACCUCCACAAAGGUCAAAGAGACAGUCACCCCUAUCUGACAUGGAAACAACGAGUUCACCUGUGCUUCGAAUCCCCGAUAUACGUAUAAUAUAAACUUCCCUGCUCCACCUCCAAGUAUUCGUAUUGCAUUGAAUUGUGAUUUAACUAAUGAAGAAUUGCGUCAUCUAUUCUAUGUUCUUUCUUCAAUAGUUCCUGCAUGAAUCGACCAGUAAAUGAUGAAAUUUACAUUCAAUAAUGUUGGCUGUGAAAUAUUUUAACAAAACAUGAUAUUUGUCCCUGUAAUCUCAUGGACGUCACUAGCUUAAUAAUAUUAUAUUUAUAGUUUUUUGUAAAUGUCUCUUUUUUAGUAAUGAAAAGGUUAAAUAUAAUUAGCGUUUUUGCGUAA